AUGAGGCUGACAGCCCUUUGCGUGUGUGGGACCCUGCUAGCGUUCUCGAGCCUGUCCCGGGCCGCGGCGGGCCGGGACGCCCCCCCGGAGGACGGGGAGCCGGGGCCCUGCGAGGCCACCCUGAGGCCUGGGGGGGCGUGCGGCCCGGGGCAGCGCGGGGGGUCCUGCCCUUACCUGUUCAGCCUGCCGCCCCUGACCCUCCACCUGCCACUGCAGCUCAGGGAGCUGGAGAAGAUCACGCAGGACCUGGAGAGGCUCAAGGAGAGCGUGGACCAGCUGAGGGAGAUGUGCGCGGACUGCAAAGUAAGUCAAACUUACGGGAGAGAGUGCGGGAGGCAAAAAGAAGGGGAGCGCGAGAGACUCGGCACAGGUGGAGGAGCAGGUGAGGACGGGAGGGAGUGGAUGAAUGAGAGGCUGGACGAGAAGGAUUUAAGAAAGGAGUGUGGAAACGCUGGUGGUCAUGCGGUGGAAGAAAAAGACUUGAAAGGGGAAGCUGAUAGAAAAAGCAAUACAAAAGUCGUAAAAGAAAAUGAGGAGGAGGAGGAAACUUGGACUGUGGCAGAAAAAGACGCAAUAACAAAGACAGGGAGUGAAAGAGAAAAAGGCCCUUCGGUCCAGAGAAAAGUACCGGCUUCUGGUGCAAAUGAGAGAAUUGAUGAUGCCAUGAGAGAAAAAUCUAACCAGAACUCUGAUACUAACAGCAAUAAAACUGAUGCUGGGGAGGAGAAUUCAAAUAGACACCAAGAAGAUAAGUUGAUGACUACUGUGGAAAAAAAGAGGAAAACAGAAGAAAGUGGAACUCACGAAUGGAGAGAUGAGACAAAUAGCAAUGAGAAAAAGACUCAACCUGAAUUCAGUGAUAGAAAAAAGCUGUUUGAGAACCAUGGAGAGUAUACAAAUAAGGAGCCCAGACUGCGCGGGGAGGAGAUGGAAGAGGGAAUAAAAGUGCACCGAAAUAAUGAGAAACCAAAACAGACUGUGACGACAGGGUGGGCAGAAAAAGAGAGCGCCAUAAAAGAGGGGCAGCUGGAUGAGGAGGGCAGAGAACGGGGGACGGAGAUCAAAACAGAGAGCGAGCAGAGAGACGGCGAUGGAGAAUCUUCCACCGGCAGAGCGACCCAAAGAGCGGACUCUUCCCCAAUUAGCCCAACGGCUCGCUCGAACAAAGCCACAUUCUUUUCAUCAUUUGUUCCACUGCCUUCUCUCGUCAGCCCCACUUUAAGCUCAAUCGCAGAUGUCCCUCGUGACACAAUAGGUGUUUAUGGACCAACCCAAAGCACAAGUCUUAAAGCAGCUGGGUUUUCCGAGCCCCGGAGCCCUGGUGGAGAGCUGACCACGGUGGGUGGCCGAGCGGAGCAGAUAACGAGCAUCACCGCCAGAUCUGACUCUGCGUCCAAAGUCAGACCGGGGUCACAAGGUCACUUCAGCUCCACCACGACAACUCCAAAAAUCACCACUCCUCAUCUGAAUCUGUACGUCACUGCGUUUUCUGAAGCAGCAGAUUCCAGUCGCUCGACACCCAAAACGAACGUGAGCUCAAAGACCAAAACCGGAGUGAAACCGCUGCCAGGUAAAGGGCCAAAGCCCGGGGAGAGGCGCAACCAUGGAGACAGCCCCGAAGCGGAGCAAACGCUGAAAAAUGCCAAGAAUGUUCUAUCUGUGCCGGACAGAGCCCCGAAGGCCGAGUCCAACAAAACGUCAAUACUGGAGCCUCCCUCUCCAUACGGAGCUGUCGGGCCUGGAGCAAAGCCCAUUCCGAGGCCAAAACUAGCAGAGCAGCCGGAGCCAAAUCAAAAGACCAAAACAUAUUCGGAUCCAGCUCAAGUCGGCUGGGCGACUUUAGACCCCGUCCAAAACUCUCAAACCAACGUGCCACCUACAUCUGGCCUCGUAAAACGGAUAGCGGGAACGACUCGCUCCCCAGAGGACGCGGGGCUGGGUGCCGGCGUGAGGAAAGGCGUCGCUCCCGCUCCAAAGACCUCCAACAGCCCGGAGGCUGCAUUCGAGGACUCCACGUUGAGCCCUGACAGCGGGAUGGCGUCUGAUCUGAGGCCACAAACAACCGCCCGGCCAUCAGCCAUCCCAACGACGGCAAGACCAAACAGAAUCCACCUCCCAACUGUUAUUAGUGGCACGAGUCCAGCAUCCACCCGGCCAGGCCUCCGUCCUCACUCUCCCUCCAGCACACACGCCGAGACGCUUCAUAAUAUGAAAGACAAAACCCCGUCCGCGACAGCGGUCCCUUCCCCCGGCCCCCAAACCGCCUCCAAACUCCUCCCCGACUUCAGGCCGCUGACCCCUGCCACCUCCAGCCCCGAGCCCCCGGCGGCCGAGCCGUCCACUCCGGGCGCGCGAGAGCUGCGGGUCAAGAUCAACCAGGUGCCCGCGUUCCCCGACAACAGGGGGGGGCCAGAGGAGCAGCCCGGGGGGCCCCUGCCGGGCCCCGACAAAGCCAACGGCAAGCUGCCAACCAUAGUUAAAAACUCCGGGGACUUUAACCUGCAUCACGCCAUUUGUGGAGUGAGGAGAGACUGUUCAGACCACCUCCGGAGAGGAGAGACGAAGAGCGGGGUUUACCUGGUGACCCCUGACCUCCGCAGCAGGAGCUUCCCGGUGGUCUGUGACAUGGAGCGGGACGGUGGAGGAUGGACCCUCCUGCAGCGCCGCCAGGACGGCAGCGUGAGCUUCGACCGCACCUGGGCGGAGUACCAGUCCGGCUUCGGAAACCUGGACGGCGGAGAAUUCUGGCUGGGGAACAACAAGAUCCACUGGCUGACCCGCGACCGCGACAUGGUGCUGCGCGUGGAGCUGGAGGACUUCAACGGGGUGGCGGAGCAUGCGCAGUACGACCAGUUCCGAGUGGCCGGCGAGCGGCUGCGCUACAGGCUGACGGUCGGCGGGUACUCCGGCACCGCGGGAGACGCUCUGCGCUUCAGCAAAACCUACGACCACAACAACAGGGCGUUCACCACCCCGGACCGAGACCACGACCGCUAUCCGUCCGGGAACUGCGGGGCCUACUACAGCUCCGGCUGGUGGUUCGACGCCUGCAUGGCUGCGAACCUCAACGGAAAAUAUUACGUCGGGACGUAUAAAGGAGUCCGGAACGGGAUUUUCUGGGGCACAUGGCACAACAUCUCCACAGAGUAUUACCCCACCAACGAGAGGCAGUCCUUUAAAACAGUCAGAAUGAUGAUCAGACCCAAAGGCUUUGCGCCGUGA